GCUCCCUCCCUCGGCGGCUGCUGCGCCGCGCUCCCGGCGCACUCGGAGCCCGGCGGGGACCGGGAGGCAGAGACGGGGCGGCCGUGGCUCCGAGGGCGGGAGCUGAGCCGGGCCCCGGGACCGAAGUUUGGCGGCGGCUCCGGGAGGCAGAGCGGGCUCCCCGGGCGACUUCCAGGCCCCUCUCGCGUCCUCGCCCCGGACCCGUGGGCAGCCGGGGGGGACGGAAGCCGCGGCCGGGCCAACUCCGAGGCGGGGACGCCGCGACGGGAACUUGAGAUGAAACAGCAGAGCUGAAAAGAGAGAUCACCAAGGAAAGUGCCUGAAAGGGAUUAUUCCCACGCCUCCAAAGGAUCCUGGCAGGCUGUGCCUGAGGAGAUGGGUUCCAAUUUUAGGGAGCAGGCUGCCUAAUGAAGGAGCCAGGCUUGCACACAGACAAUUCUAGAACUGGUGGCCCGAGAGGGAUGUGAAGGCCCAAAAUGACCCUCUUACCGGGAGACAAUUCUGACUACGACUACAGCGCGCUGAGCUGCACCUCGGACGCCUCCUUCCACCCGGCCUUCCUCCCGCAGCGCCAGGCCAUCAAGGGCGCGUUCUACCGCCGGGCGCAGCGGCUGCGGCCGCAGGAUGAGCCCCGCCAGGGCUGUCAGCCCGAGGACCGCCGCCGUCGGAUCAUCAUCAACGUAGGCGGCAUCAAGUACUCGCUGCCCUGGACCACGCUGGACGAGUUCCCGCUGACGCGCCUGGGCCAGCUCAAGGCCUGCACCAACUUCGACGACAUCCUCAACGUGUGCGAUGACUACGACGUCACCUGCAACGAGUUCUUCUUCGACCGCAACCCGGGGGCCUUCGGCACCAUCCUGACCUUCCUGCGCGCGGGCAAGCUGCGGCUGCUGCGCGAGAUGUGCGCGCUGUCCUUCCAGGAGGAGCUGCUGUACUGGGGCAUCGCGGAGGACCACCUGGACGGCUGCUGCAAGCGCCGCUACCUGCAGAAGAUUGAGGAGUUCGCGGAGAUGGUGGAGCGGGAGGAAGAGGACGACGCGCUGGACAGCGAGGGCCGCGACAGCGAGGGCCCGGCCGAGGGCGAGGGCCGCCUGGGGCGCUGCAUGCGGCGACUGCGCGACAUGGUGGAGAGGCCGCACUCGGGGCUGCCUGGCAAGGUGUUCGCCUGCCUGUCGGUGCUCUUCGUGACCGUCACCGCCGUCAACCUCUCCGUCAGCACCUUGCCCAGCCUGAGGGAGGAGGAGGAGCAGGGCCACUGUUCCCAGAUGUGCCACAACGUCUUCAUCGUGGAGUCGGUGUGCGUGGGCUGGUUCUCCCUGGAGUUCCUCCUGCGGCUCAUUCAGGCGCCCAGCAAGUUCGCCUUCCUGCGGAGCCCGCUGACGCUGAUCGACCUGGUGGCCAUCCUGCCCUACUACAUCACGCUGCUGGUGGACGGCGCCGCCGCGGGCCGUCGCAAGCCCGGCGCGGGCAACAGCUACCUGGACAAGGUGGGGCUGGUGCUGCGCGUGCUGCGGGCGCUGCGCAUCCUGUACGUGAUGCGCCUGGCGCGCCACUCCCUGGGGCUGCAGACGCUGGGGCUCACGGCCCGCCGCUGCACCCGCGAGUUCGGGCUCCUGCUGCUCUUCCUCUGCGUGGCCAUCGCCCUCUUCGCGCCCCUGCUCUAUGUCAUCGAGAACGAGAUGGCCGACAGCCCCGAGUUCACCAGCAUCCCUGCCUGCUACUGGUGGGCCGUCAUCACCAUGACGACGGUGGGCUAUGGCGACAUGGUCCCCAGGAGCACCCCGGGCCAGGUAGUGGCCCUGAGCAGCAUCCUGAGCGGCAUCCUGCUCAUGGCCUUCCCAGUCACCUCCAUCUUCCACACCUUCUCCCGCUCCUACCUGGAGCUCAAGCAGGAGCAAGAGAGGGUGAUGUUCCGGAGGGCGCAGUUCCUCAUCAAAACCAAGUCGCAGCUGAGCGUGUCCCAGGACAGUGACAUCUUGUUCGGAAGUGCCUCCUCGGACACCAGAGACAAUAACUGAGCGCGGAGGACACGCCUGCCCUGCCUGCCAUCUGUGGCCCGAAGCCAUUGCCAUCCACUGCAGACGCCUGGAGAGGGACAGGCCGCUUCCGAGUGCAGUCCUGGCGCAGCACCGACUCCCACGCACCCGGGGAAGGACACCCUCACUCCCACACCCCGGGAAGGACACUAGCACAUCAGCAGAGGGGCCCUGCCCCUCCGCCUGCAGCCGUGAAAGGAAGCUGGGUCAUCAGCCCAGCCCCGCCCACCCCAGCCCCUAUGUGUGUUUCCCUCAAUAAGGAGAUGCCUUGUUCUUUUCACCAUGCAAAUAACAUGCCCAGCAAAAACUUGCUUUAUGGGUCUGCCUGGAGAAAAAAAAAAAAUACAAACAGCAGAAACAGCA